AUGCUGCGAUGUAGGAGGGUUACCCAAGAUAGUUCCUCGGGCGGCGAUUCUACUUCGCCAUCGCCUACGAAAGGGGCAGUGGCAGCGACACCGGCAGCGAUACCGACACCAGCAGCGGCACCGGCAGCGACACCGACACCGGUGCCACCGCGCAACCCCAAGAUCUCAGGCUCAGUACCGCCGAAUGAGGGUCGGACGUCUGUUCCCUCUCCUGCACUCGCUCCCAGCUCAGAUCCCUCUUCGUCUAGAAAAAGGCCCCCGAGAAAGAUUAGCAAAGCUUUGAUAUUUGGCCUGGUGGGGGCGGCGGUCGGCAGCGCCGUGCUGGUGGCGGUCGGCAUUUUCUGCUACCGGUCAAAUAAGGUCGUCACCGUCAAGCCGUGGGCGACGGGGUUGAGCGGGCAGCUGCAGAAGGCGUUCGUGACGGGUAACAGCUUGAGAUCCCCAGCGCCGGCUUUUACUGGUUGGUUCUUGUCGAUGGGUUUUUUGCCGGCGCGGUUGGCGUUGACUUCGGGUGGCGUCGCUCGUGCAGGCGUGACCCAGCUGGGGCGGCCGGAGCUGGAGGCGGCGUGCGAGGACUUCAGCAACAUCAUCGGGACCUUGUCUGAUAGCACGCUGUACAAGGGGACGCUGUCCAGCGGGGUGGAGAUCGCCGUCGCCUCCACCGUGGUCAACUCCGCCAAGGACUGGUCGGAGCUCUACGAAGCCCAGUUCCGGAAGAAGGUGAGGGUUGUCUUUUUUUCCAUCCCUUUAUUUUUCUUUCUUCUUUUUGCCCGGUCUCUGUUCCUGAUCGGAGCGCCGCCGCCCUGGUUUCAGAUCAGUGCGUUGUCCAAGGUCAACCACAAGAACUUCUCGAAUCUGCUCGGGUACUGCGAGGAAGAGGAACCCUUCACGCGGAUGAUGGUCUUCGAGUACGCCCCCAACGGCACCCUCCACGAACUUCUCCACGGUGAGCUGUCCUUCUCGCGAGCUUGAAAUCUCUCGUCAACGGGCGGCGUUAACACUCAAGAUCGAAAUGAUGCUCCGAAUGGUAUCCCCAUUUUAACAAUUUCUCUCUCUGUCAACGUCCGAUUUACAGUGAGAGAAGCGGAGGAUCUCGACUGGGCCAAGAGGUUGCGGGUCAUGAUGGGCAUCGCCUACUGCCUCGACUACAUGCACCAGCUGACAUCUCCCGUCGUCCUCGGGAAUCUGACCUCGAGCUCUAUCUACCUCACCGACGACUUCGCCGCCAAGGUCUCCGACUUCGAAUUCUGGAGCGAGACAGCUGCGGCGGCGCCGCCACCGGCGUCGACCUCCGGCCCGCUGGGGGAGCUCGCUCGCCGGCCGGAUGUGCACCCCGAGGAGGUUGUCUUCAAGUUCGGGAUGCUGCUGCUGGAGAUCAUCUCCGGGAGGCCGCCGGUGCUGACGUGGGCUUCCGAUUACCUUAAGGGGGUCAAACCCGCCAUUGACCUGGUCGACGGGAACCUCAAGAGCUUCAAGGAGGAGGAAGUCGCGGCCAUAUGCGAGGUGGUCGUCGGCUGUUGCAACCCGAUGCCGGCGGCGCGGCCGGCGAUGGCGGAGGUCGUCGCCCGGUUGAGGACGAUCACCGGUCUGGCCCCCGAAGCCGCCACCCCCAAGGGCUCCCCUCUCUGGUGGGCCGAGCUCGAAAUCGUCUCCUCAGACUCCUAA